CACACACGUACAGAUGCCGGGCCACCUCCUCACGGACUGGUGCCUGAACGGCUACAACUAAGACCUGCCACAAAUCACGAUCAGUCACUCUCCCCACAAACUAAGAAAGCCCAACCGGACAACCGCAAAAACAACUGCCAUAUAGAUGGCGGGCCCUCUCCUCAUCACCACGCACCAGCCGGGCAGUGCCUUGACCGGCCAGAUUUUCAGCUUCCCACUUCACCAGUUAGAAAUGAGAAUUAUGAGAGCUUGGAUGCACAUGGAACUGGUACUAGUAGGACCGACCAAUCAUCUACCGCUGACCAUUCUGGUUCACCGAUACCAGGCAGAGCCUUACCUAUCGGAAAUGAACUGAGGAAAAGUAAUAGAAUCAGGCAACUUCCUAAGCACCUUGCUGAAUUUGAUACCGAUUUGCCACCAUCCAUUGACCAUUCUCGGUCAACUACCGGUUCUGCCGACUCAGUGGUUUACCCACUUUCUAAUUUCAUCAAUUAUGACAGAUUUUCUACUAAUCAUAAGGCUUUUUUGACGGCCAUCACUUCCCGUGAUGAGCCAAAGCGAUUUUCACAGGCAGUUCAAGAUCCAUUAUGGCGUGAAGCCAUGCAAAAAGAAAUUCAUGCUUUAGAAGAAAAUGGUACAUGGACCCUCAUUCACUUACCACCAGGAAAGAAGGUGGUUGACUCUAAAUGGGUCUAUAAAAUCAAGUAUAAACCAAAUGGCGACAUAGAACGUUACAAAGCUCGAUUAGUUGCCAAGGGCUUUACCCAAGUUGAAGGAAUUGAUUUUCACGAGACUUUUGCCCCAGUUGCCAAACUCGUCACUGUACGAUGUUUAUUGGCCGUUGCAGCAAAACAUAAUUGGGAGGUGCAUCAAUUAGAUGUUAAUAAUGCAUUUCUUCACGGAGACCUAAAUGAGGAUGUUUAUAUGCGUGUGCCACAAGGGUUUGCAAAAAAUGGAGACACACGCGUUUG